GCAGAACCAAGACAAUAUCCUCGACCACCGGCGCUGCCCCCCGCCUAUCCACCAACUCCUGAGCGAUAUGGAUCUCUGGACCGCCAUGUAUAUCCCCCCAGAUCACCACCCAGGUCAAGGGUGCCGCCGCCUUUGGAUACUUAUAUUUCACCCCGGCCUGUAGUCUCGUACCGUUCAAUACGGCCGCCUCCGCCUCCGCCUCCGUCUAUGGACGCGUACCCCUCGAGCUACUACGAUAGACGUGAUGAAAGCCUUUAUAGAGAUCGCGAAUAUGAGAGACGUGGGGAAGAUCACAGAUUACGGACGCGGGAUGAUGAUUCGCGGGACAGAGAGAGGGAUCGAGACCGGAAAUGGGAAGAUGAGGCACGAAGAGGAUAUGACGGAGAGAGAAGAGAGCGAGAUGCGUCGCGAGAGCGACGGUGGGCACGGCAGAAGGAAGAGGAUCGAGAAAGGUUUGCGCGCCGUCGGGAAGAUAAAGAGCGGCAGGAGCGCGAGUGGGCAAGGCUGCAGGAUGAAGAUCGACGGUCUGGUCGCAAUAGGACGCUUGAGGUAGAACCAGAGCGUAUGUGGGUUCCGAGGCUGUCGCGGUCGCCUCCUCGGCGCAUGGUUUCUACUCAGCCCCAUGAACCGUCUCCUGCACCCAGUCGGGCACGCUCACCUAUAGCCAGGUCGCCCUCCAGGCGUGCAACUGCUACCCCCGUACCUGUGGCCAGCCGGCCGGGUUCUCCUUACAAAGUGGAGAGGUCGCGGCCUCUCCGUUCUCGUUCUCCUGGUGAGAUCAGGCUAGGGAAUCACUCCAUUUCCCUCUCGCGGAGUUCGGCUCGUCCAUAUCAGGUUCCCUCGCCUCGAAGAAAUGACCGGUACCAGAGGCAGCCGCCUAUGCGCCGCAGUCGCAGCCCCGACCGGCCGCGACGUGAAGCACGCCGUGACGUUAGUCGAGGGAGUCGCGCCAUCCCUUCUGACUACAGAGGGCGUGACCGACGCUCUCCGCGUCGCCGGUCUUACUCUCCAGCUUCGCCGCGCCGCAGGAGGAGUCCCAAACCCACAGUAAGGCGGACGCCCUCUCCUCCUAGUCGGUCUCGCAGCCGGUCUCCCACAAGGACACCGCCGACGAAGCGACAUGUCUUGCCGCCUCUGAAGUCACCCUCACGCCCCCCACCUCCGCCGCCGCCCACUGGUCCUCGUGUUCGUUCUGUGCAACAGCUUGCCUCGAAGAUAGACCCGGAUGAGGAUGUUGCAAUGGAGGAACUAGUUGGACUUGUCCCCGAGGUAAAGGCGAAACCACCUUCUCUGAGCCCUGUGGAAGCACCUGCAGUCCACCUUCCUUCUUCCGCUGUACCCGCCUCCUCUCUUCCUCCGUCUGUUGCUCAUGCGCCCACUUCAACUGCGGCAAAGUCCGCGUCAACAGUUGCGUCCUUGUCAUCCAAACCGGAACUAGAGAUAGACAAGAAGUCUUCAAAUGCCAAACGACGAUCUCGAUCACCCC